AUGGCUGACCAAAACUUGCUCACAUUAAGUUGGGAGUGGGAAGGAAAAGGGAGGGGGGGGGGGGGGAGUGAAAGGUUUUAUCACAGACAAGUGAGCAGAUCACAGGACAGGGAAAGACGCUGUCGUACACUGAUGAUGUGUUGGUACAGACGCUGUCGUACACUGAUGAUGUGUUGGUACAGACGCUGUCGCACACUGACGAUGUGUUGGUACAGACGCUGUCGUACACUGAUGAUGUGUUGGUACAGACGCUGUCGCACACUGACGAUGUGUUGGUACAGACGCUGUCGCACACUGACGAUGUGUUGGUACAGACGCUGUCGCACACUGACGAUGUGUUGGUACAGACGCUGUCGUACACUGACGAUGUGUUGGUACAGACGCUGUCGUACACUGACGAUGUGUUAG